GGAGGUUACCGGAGGGAAGUGCGGGAUUUGCUCACGAAUAUUUCACCUUCCUCUCCUGAACUGUGAAGCCCCAUUCAUACAGCCAUAUAGUCGUUGCCAUUUUUAUUCACAGCUAUACACACUAUUAUUCUCUCAGAAACGGUGCUAUAGAACAAAGAGAAGAAAAUAGCGAAACAGGACGUUCCAGAAACUCCUUCUACCUCCAACGAAAAAGCCACUCAGAGAUGGUCACUGAACAAAAAACACCGGAGGAGGAGAAGGUGGUGGUGGUGCUGGAGAAUGGCACAAUGAGCCGCUCACUCGUCAGACCUUCCGCCGGGAUCCGCUGGAAAGCUGACGCGAUACACGUGAUUCUGAGGCUGUUAUGCGUGGUCAGUUCAGUGAUCGCACUUUCGUUCAUGGUGACGGCCAAGCAAGCUAGCUCUGUCUCCAUCUAUGGCUUUCACCUUCCGGUUUUCUCCAAGUGGUCAUACUCUGAGUCGUUCGAAUAUCUUGUUGGUGUUUCUGCUGCUGUUGCGGCUCACUCCUUGCUGCAGCUACUCAUUGGUACAUCACGGUUGCUAAAGAAAUCUCCUAUGAUUCCCUCAAGAAAUCACGCAUGGCUUAUAUUUGCUGGGGAUCAGUGUUGUGCCCAAAAAUUGCAGGCAUUUGCCUAUGCACUGAUAAGCGCUGGUUCUGCUGCUUCUGGAGUGACCAAUCUGAAUCACACUGGAAUCAGGCAUCCAGCUCUGCCGAGUUUCUGUAAGCCUCUGCAUAAGUUCUGUGACCAUGUAGGCAUCUCAAUAGCCUUCACUUUCAUAGGCUGUUUGCUGCUGGCUGCUUCUGCUAUCCAGGAUGUAAUUUGGCUCUCUAACCACUAGAAAUUGCCUCAUAUUUACACAUACUUGAUGUAACAUAUAAUCUGAAUAUAUAGUUUCUGGAAAAAUCAUCAGUCAUCACUUCUCUUUUUAA